AUGAAGUCUUCUUUCGUGGUCUUGGCGAUUGCCGCCCGUCUCACAUCGGCGGUGCUGUAUCCCGAAACAUCCGUCAACAACCACACAUGCGCCAUUCAGGAUUCUAAAUCUGUACUGUCUUGCUCUGCCAAGGCUGUACCAGGCGUGUCGGACUCUUGCUGCGUCGAGACCUUCGGUGGUCUACUACUUUUCACCCAGUUUUGGAACACUUACACCGGUCGCGAGGACCAGGGUCAGCUGCUCCCCGAGUCUACCUGGACGCUGCAUGGACUAUGGCCAGAUUUCUGUAACGGGUCUUACACCCAGUACUGCGACUUGACCCGCCAAUAUGACCGUUUCCCUUCCCCCAAUGUCACCAACUGGCCUGCUCCCAACACGCAGGUGCCCGCCUACAAUGGCCCCAGCAUCGCCGACUUCGUCAAGGAGUUCGGCCGGGAUGAUCUCCUUGAGUACAUGAACACGUACUGGGUCGCGCAGGGACAGCCCAGCUACGAGUUCUGGGAGCAUGAGUUUGCCAAGCAUUACCAGAAGAACCAGGAAGUGGUCGACUUCUUUGAGACUGCCAUUAUGUAUUAUCGCCGAACACCGACCUGGCAAUGGUUGAGCUCGGCUGGAAUCGUACCUUCCAACACGACGGCCUAUUCGCUCAAGUCCAUCCAGGCUGCCUUGACCAGCAGCUAUGGUGCUCUGCCAUACAUCGGCUGCUCGGGACCACGCUACAAUGAGACCGCUGCUGGUUCAGGGAGCCUCGACAACGGCCGCACUGCCCUCUCGGAGGCAUGGUAUUAUGCUCAUGCCUACGGCCGACCCCAAGAUGGCAACACGGUCCCUUUGAAUGCCAGCGGAUCCGUUACCAGCUGCGCCAGUACACCCGGCGCGGUUUGGUACUACGAGCCCUCUGCCAACGCAGUAAGGAAGGUGGUUGCUUGA